AUGAAUGGAGAAGAGGAGGAGGAGGAAGAAUCACAUGAGGUGUUGCUGAGUGUGUUUGCCCAGCAUGGGCAGUUGGGGUUGUGUUUCUAUGACAGCAGAGACUUCACUCUGCACUACAUGCCUGACACCUCAGACAACCACGAGCUCCAACUGUUGGCCAGAGUGGUCCAGGAGGUGAGCCCUCAUGUGAUCAUUACCAGUGCUAAGCAGGAACGCUGCAUGGUCCAGUUCAUGCAGGGACUGGGAGCCAACAAAGACUACAGGCCUGAGGUGGUGACCUAUCCCUAUGUGGACUUUGGUCUGGAGGUCAGUAAGCAGAGGCUGUUGUCUGCCCAUUGUCCCUUCCUUCCCCCCGCCGUCUCCGAGAGAGAGAGAAUCUCCUACCUCUCCUCCUGCAUCUCCUUCUCCUCCCCCCUCAUGCUGCGGUCAGUAGGUGCGUUGCUGAAGUGUCUGGACAAGAGGAGAGUGGGAGUGGAGCUAGAGGACAGCAGUGUGGGAGUCCCCAUCUUACAGUUCCACACCUACACACUGAAAGACGUAGUGUACGUGGACCAGGAUACUUACAGCGUGCUGCAGAUCUUCAAGUCGGAGCUGCACCCCUCUGUGUACAAGCUACAGUCUGGGGAGAAGGAAGGGCUCAGUCUCUAUGGGAUACUGAAUCACUGCAGGUGCAAGUUUGGCUCCAAACUGCUUCGCCAGUGGUUUCUGAGGCCUACUCGUGACCUGGCAGUGUUGAACAGGAGACAGGAAGUUGUGAGAUUCUUCUCCUGUCCACGCAACUCUGACUCCCUAAACACUUUGCAGUCCUCCCUACGCAACAUCAGGAACAUCCCGACUCUCCUGCGUUCGAUGUCUCUGUCUCACACCAAAGUCUCUGACUGGCAGGGUCUCUACAAGACAGUGUAUAGUGCGGUGUGUAUCAGGGACACAGUGCGCUCCCUGCCUCAGUCCAUCCAACUCUUCCAGGAGAUCAGUGAGGGAUUCUCAGAUGACCUUUACUACAUCGCCUCGCUCAUCAGCAGAGUGGUGGACUUUGAGGGCAGUUUAGCAGAAAACCGUUUCACUGUCAAACCCAAUGUGGACCCUGCUAUAGAUGAGAAGAAGAGGAGGAUGAUGGGACUGUCUGACUUCCUGACGGACGUGGCUCGCAGAGAGUUGGAGCACCUGGAUACCCGCAUCCCCUCCUGCUGCGUCAUCUACAUCCCCCUGAUAGGGUUCCUGCUCUCGGUCCCUCGGUUGCCCAGCAUGGUGGAGAAAGAGGACUUUGAGAUAGAGGGCCUUGACUUCAUGUUUCUGUCUGAAGAGCGUCUGCACUACCGCAGUCAGAGAACCAAGGAGCUAGAUGACCUGCUGGGAGACUUACACUGUGACACCAAAGACAUGGAGACAGCGGUUAUGACACAGCUGCAGACCACAGUGCUGGGGAGAAGCGCCUGUCUGUACAAGGUUCUGGAUCUGAGUGCUGAGCUGGACUGUCUGAUGGCACUGAGCCAUGCCUCCCAGGAGUAUGGAUACACUACCCCCACUCUGGCCAACCACCACAGGAUAACACUCAGACAGGCCAGACACCCUCUGUUGGAGUUGUGUUCUCCUAUGUUUGUGUCUAACUCCUUCCUGAGUUCUGAGACUAGUGGACGGGUUAAGAUUAUCACCGGGCCCAACUCAUCUGGCAAGAGCAUCUACCUCAAACAGGUGGGUCUGAUUGUGUUCAUGGCUCUGAUUGGUUCUGACGUGCCAGCGAAGGAGGCAGAGAUUGGUCUGGUGGACGGAAUCUUCACACGCAUGCAGAGCAGAGAAUCUGUGUCUGUAGGACUCAGCACCUUCAUGAUAGACCUCAACCAGAUGGCUCAUGCUCUGAACCACAGCAGCGGUCACUCACUGGUCCUGAUUGAUGAGUUUGGGAAAGGAACUAACACGGUGGAUGGGCUUUCCCUUCUGGCGGCAUCUAUCUCUCAUUGGCUGAAAAGAGUUCCAGCCGAGGUUCCUCACAUUCUAUUGGCCACUAACUUCCACAGUCUGCUACAGCUGGGUCUCCUACCUUCCUCAGGCCUGCUGUCACUACUGACUCUGGAGACAGCGGUGGAUGGGGAUGAAUUGGUGUUUCUGUACCAGCUGAAGGAGGGGAUCUGUCGCUCCAGCUACGCAGCCAACAUCGCUACACUGGCAGGCCUUCCCCCCAGCCUCGUACAGAGAGGAGUGGAGGUAUCUGAACUGUACAGAACAGGAAAGACCAUUAAACGCAUCGACCGACCAUCUACAGAGGAGCAGGCAAACAAGUGUGUUUGUGUGGUGAAGAAGUUUCUGUGUGUGGACCUUGAGGACCAGAGUGUGGAUCUGCAGCGCUACAUGAAGGAGGAGCUGCUUCCCUCUGGAGGAGACCUGCUCUAACAGCAACACUACUGUUGUCUGUCUAACAGCAACACUACUAUUGUCUGUCUAACAGCAACACUACUGUUGUCUGUCUAACAGCAACACUACUGUUGUCUGUCUAAC